CCCCGCCAUUUCCCGUGCCCGAGCCCCUCCCGAGCCCGGUUUUACCAACCCCCGAAACUAAGAGGAUUAAUGAUGAGGAAAAGAUGGAGACACUCCAAAUUAAUGAUGAUGAUCAGAAUGAUGAUGAUAAUUUAUAUCCUUUUGAUAGUUUUAAUACAUUAGGAGCUAUUGGAUUCAGUGUAUAUGAUAACCCACUUAUGGAGAUUAGUGAUCUUCUCACAUCAACCUCUGGAGUUUGUGACAUAACAAAAACAACACUAGAAGACAUGACAAAACAGAGUAAAUUAGGUGAGGAUCUGUGUUACAUGGAUGAUAGUGAGCCACUUGAUACAGAAAGUGAAGACAAUGAGGAGUCCUCUCAUGGAAUCAGAGAAGUGUCAACCAGUUUAAUCCAAAAGAUUUCUGUGAGACAGUAUCCAUCUACAGUAGUGUACAGCAUGACAAAAGACCCUGAGCCAAUGGACAAUGAAUCAGUUCAACUUCCAGUUAGUACAAGACAUUGGAUUGAGAGAAUAGUCAGAAAUCGUUUAGAAAAACUGAAAUCAGAAAGGAACGGUUUUGAUGGAUUGCCUGAUACAGAAUAUAAGGAGUUUACUGAGAGACUAACAGAAAAUACAAGACAAUUUUUAUUAUCACAACUGAAAGCUAAAAUUGGAAAUAGUAGCAUAGACUCUUCCUCAGGCAGUGAUGAUGAUUGAUAA